UCCUUCCGAUUUGGGAAUAUGCCGAUGGGUGAACAGUCGAUCCUAUUUGGGGUUCAAACUUGGUGGAAGAGUCGGCUCAACCCCGAACGCUGGCGAGAUGGGCGACCCGAGGCGAUCUUGGAGAGAGGAUUCGCGUCAUGGAGACGAUGCCUGGGGUCGACCGCGCAACAUCCCAUGGACGCAGCCGGAUCCGCCCCCACAGCCUUGGGGCGGAUGGGGCUGCCCUCCCCACUCCGUCCCCCUGUGGGAGAAGAUAUACCUCAGCGACGUCUGUGGCAUGCCAUGGGAGAGGAUCUGCAUGAUCCGGAGAUGCAUGUCCGUUAGUCGCCACGAGGGCGUCUUCCGAUGGGACGAUUCGGCGGCCUUGGAGGCUUUCCAGAACUCGAAGACCAGGCUCUGGGCGGAGUACCACGGCCGCCCCUGUGACAUCCCCUUGCCUGAUCCAGAUAUGUUUAUCGACGAGGUCGACCACGACGCCGUGAUCGACCCCGAACUGAUCGCGGACUUGGAGAUGAAGCCGGCGGAUUCCGCUGAUUUAGGCGACGGCCGCGUCAAUAAGCUUCCUUCGGCAACGGAUAACAGCGGUGGUCGUCUUCCGACUGCGAACUGGGAUGUUUAUCUUGCACAGGAGGUGCGGCCCACGGGAUGGGGUGACGUGCCGGAACCUAAUUCCUGGAACCAGCAGGGAAAGGGUGUAGUUGGCAACUCAUGGAAUUGCGUUGGUCGUGGUUGGGAUCAGCAAGCUACUCAGGAUGAUCAGUGGAGGGGUCGUGGAAGGGAUAAUUAUGUGGGUUAUAAUGAUAGGAUGAGUAUCCCGUGGGAAACCUGGGAGAUCACGAAUAGGAAUUUUGAACCAGGUAGAAGAAAUGGAAGGACAAGGGACGAAGGAGGUCACUGGGGACCGAGACAUACAAGACCGAAGUAUCAAACCAAUGCUUACCAAUCAAAUGACGACCGUCGGAGAAACUAUAAAGGAAAAAAUCGAAUGACAAAUCGUUGCUACAAGGAGACCCCUGCUUGAAAUACAUGCUAUGUAGCAGUCAUAGACCACAUCUUGUUGCUGAUACACAACUUUGCAGUUUGACAGGUUAUGUUUGAUGUCUUUUGCCAUUUCACUUAGAAAUUACUAUGGAUACAGAUUUUUUAUCAUUGUAGUGUCUUGACAUGUUCUUAUUUUAGUUCAAAUAUUUUUAUCAAUAUGAUGUUUGAUUGGCAAAACAAAAUCUUGUUGUUGUAUUCCUCCACCUCGACUUUACAAUGUGGAUGAAGAUCAGACGUUCAUAUGUUGUUUCACAUGGUAUAUAAGUUGGAUUCCUUUGGAGCUAAAACAUCAAAAUGAUAGGAAUAUCGAAGGCACAUGUGCCCAUGUAUGUAUAUGCCAAGGUUCUGCGGGUGUGAUGUUGAUCGAGACAUCUAUGAUGUGAAUGAGGCUUAUUUCUAUCUUCAUCCAGAGGUGGCAGCGAUGUUCAAUCCAUGAAUGAUCAGACGUGUCAUGGUCUUGAGGGUAAUUGGGGGGUUAGUCUCUUGAAUACCGGUGGACUCUCCCAGAUACUUUCCAGCUAUCCAAAGGUCUCGUUAAUAUAGCCACGGUCAGCCAACUCCUUGAAAUAAUUGAAUCAUAGAUGGAUAUUUCUAUACAAUUUGUUGGAGUUGCACUGACAUAGGAUAUGAUCCCGAAAAGACCUAUGGACACGUUUGCUGCAUAAAAAAAUGAUUUUCCUGGUGCAGUCAAAUGAUCUUCACAAAAAUCUUCCAAUCUCUCUGUUUGGUUCAUCACGGACAGGUUCAUAAAUGGACUGCUCCUCUUCAGCUUCAUCGACCUUAUCUACUACAUUGUGUAGACCCACACUGUAAUAAGCUAUUUCUUAAUGGUUCACCAUGUCCACUUUGAUUCAUGAAUUGUGAUCUUUGUGCUUAUCAGAAGUGAAUUCUGUGGUGCGCAAGUCAUGCUAAUUUCAGAAUUGUGUGCGAGAAGCCGCUUACCAUCUUCACUUUGAGUUUCUGCUGCUUGGCUACGGCUUAUGGUAACUCUUAUUUGUUGGGCAAACUGUGUCGUUGCAGAGAACAGGGGGAGCUGGUGGUGGAAGCAACACUAGCAAGAGCCAGAUCACAGAGGCCAUCUGAGGUUUGGUUGAUGAAUCUUGUCUCUUUAAAAUGACAUACAACUGUGAUAGUAGGAAGUUAUAGUUCUGCUGUUCAUUUAGGUUGUUCUUGCUUAAAGCUGUUGUUAUAUUUACUAGUGUUGUUGUUGGCUACCAAGAUUUGGUUUUUAUUUCUCCUUGGCAGCUUUGGUGGGAUCUAUUUCUAGUGGGUUUAAGUUCAAUGUUUGUGAUUUUGGGAUUUCCUUUUGCACUUGUUUCCUUUCAAGGGGAUUUUAAAGUUCAAUAAAAAAAAAUUAUUAAAUGGGAAGCUUAUCGUGU